UGCUGCACUGGGGACCGAGUCUUGCUUUCCGCCGGCGUGGGCUCACCACAGAGUUGGGAGGAGGAGCGCUCAGCGCCGAGCACCGGGCAGGGGGAGGCCCAGCCAUGCGUGUGUGCUGGCUCGUGGGGAAGGAGAAAUGCAGUCAGCGAGUGAAACUGCCACACUUGGAAGCAGUGGUAAUUGGGCGUGGCCCAGAGACUGGGAUAACGGAUAAGAAGUGUUCACGGCAGCAAGUUCAGUUAAAAGCAGAUUGUAACAAGGGAUAUGUCACAGUUAAGCAGAUAGGGGUCAACCCAAGUAGUGUUGAUCUUGUGAAUAUUGGCAAGGAUGAAGUGGUGAAAAUGAAGCCAGGCCAAGUUCUGCAUAUUGUGAAUAAUCUUUACCCCUACACGGUGCAAUUUGCGGAAGAGUCGGGGAAAACUGUUACAGAAGUGGAAGAGAAAACAGGAACCCACAAGAUGCCACACGAGGACUCCUGUGAGAAUGAUGAUGCAGAGCUUGUGCCCAGAAAAACAAUGAAGAUGGAGGUGAUGGAUACACAAGGCAGUUCUGCAAAUCCCAAGCUAAGCACUACCAGUGUAUCUCCACAUGAAGGAACCUCAAGCAAAAAGGCAAAUGAACAUCUAGGACACUGGAGUCAGGGUCUAAAGAGCUCCAUGCAAGAUCCAAAAUUGCAGGUUUACAAAGAUGAGAAGACUGUGGUCAUCAAGGAUAAAUAUCCCAAAGCACGUUACCAUUGGCUUAUUUUACCAUGGGACCCCAUUUCCAGCUUGAAGUCAGUCACCAGGGACCAUCUUGAACUCCUGGAACAUAUGCAUGCAGUUGGGCAAAAAAUGAUUGAACAAUGCCCUGCCAGAGAGAGCCUAGAGUUCAGACUGGGUUACCAUGCUAUCCCCAGUAUGAGUCAGCUACAUUUGCAUGUAAUCAGCCAGGAUUUUGAUUCUGUGGCCCUGAAAACCAAAAAGCACUGGAACUCUUUUACUACCGACUAUUUCUUAAACUCUCAAGAUGUGAUAGAGAUGGUAAGAAGCAAGGGAAAAGUGAUGGUGAAAGAUCAUGUGUCUGAACUUCUCAAACUGCCCCUCAGAUGCCAUCGCUGUAAACAACAGCUGUCCACAAUCCCACAGUUAAAGGAACAUCUCAGGAAACAUUGGCCAAAAUGACUUUGCAGAAAAUGGUGUCUCAACCUGCCUUUGGAUUUCAGGCCAAAACAAAGACUGGGAAAUGUAAGUGGAAAUAUGUGUUUGUUAACUGGAAUGACAAAUGUAAUGUUGGGAAAAGUAGCCUGGAAACAGCAACAUACUGACUUUGUAGUAGCUGAGACAAAAAAACACCCCCCCCUUCAAACAAAUAAAAACAUGAAGUGAUUUCUGAAA